UGCCAGCUGUGGAGCAACAGAGAAGACAGCGGAAGGUCCUGCUCUUCCCUCGCCCCUCUUUUGACGACGGGAGGUACCCCAUUAAAAGAGCUCUGUGGUCACCUAGGGGCAAGCACUUGUCCCCAAACCCCGAGCAGCGUGUCCUGCCGGCUCAGCCUUUGCUGCAUCUGCUCUUGUGGGCACGAUGCGCUGAAUUUAAAUAAAUUGUAGUCCUCGCAAAGUCAAAUAUUGGUCGGUGGCGUGAGCCGACUUGGCUGAAAUUCACGGUGGAGGACCAGCUUGGUUUGCACGUGUGUGUAGGCAGCUUCGUCGUGGGAGAUGAAGAUGUUGCCUUGAACGCUUUUCAAGGGGAAGGAAGAGGAGCCCAAGGCUUCUGGUGGCAGUAAGGGAAGUGGGAGGUGGUUAGAAGACGCGUUAUUUGGGGAUAUGAUAAAAACUCUUACUAACGAAUGAGGUCAUAAGACAAAAUUAAGGAGAAGUUGUUAACUGCGCGCUAUUACGGAUGUCUUGAAAUGAUCUCUCGUGCUCUGGUCCCUUGCCAUGCCCCUGGGAUGAUCUUAAUCUGUUGAAAGCCAGGUCCAAAAAAAAGAAAAAGAGGCUGGCCGAGGUUUCUGCGGAGAUCAGCAGACAGGACGCAGGGAUCUGCUGGCGUCAUUUCUUCCGUGGAAGCUUCACUCUGUGGACUCUGGAAAGACACCGAGGACCUUCCUGUCCUGCAUGGGCAGCUCCAGGUGUUUUGGGAGAUGCUGCUGUGGAGAUGCAAAGGGGUCCGAGGGAUCUCAAGCUGUUCAAAAGGGCCUCAAAACCGUAAAGACGCAGCUUUAGGAGCGGUCCUGCUUGAGUGACUGCAGGGAUCUCAUCGCUGCUGCUGUGAAUCCCGUGGGAGCUGGUGUAAAUGAUGAGCUCCUGCCUGUCUUUAUUAAGACACCUUUUUUCUUUCCUCCCCCCUAUUUUCGAGCUGUCCCACCCAGCCUUUCAGCGCCAUUUAUGUUGUGGGUGAUAAGAUUUUCAUUGUAGCCUUCAGCCUCAUGGAAGCUUUGUGCCCACAGCUGAUCAGUUCUUCAGUAGCCCAGCGAGCAAAUGCAAGGCAGCAAAUGCUAAAAUAUUUAUCGUAUUGCCAUAAAGGUCACUGAGAGCAGUGAAGGCUCAGUACAAUACAGCCCUGAAUCUUCGCAGAGAUGCUCUGUCACCGCUCUCUUUGGAGAGCUGUGUCUUCCUAAAGUACCUGGGAUAACUCAGCCGUGGCACAUGGCUUUUGAGGCGUGUGCUUGGAGCCUCUGUGGGUCAGCGCGUAAGUGUUACGCUGAAAUUUAAUGCAUUUAAUUCUGUAUUUAACUCUGUGUGUGCUCUGAGGCAAGCAUGAAGGGCAGAGCAGAAAGAAAGACUUAACCUUGGACUUCUCUUGACUGAUGUAAGUAAUUUGCAGAGCUGUAGGACCAAAUCUCGGCGAUCUUAUUUCUAUUAAGACUGCGGCAAUCUAGACUCGUUAUUAAUGCUGGAGGGCGCCGGUGCCCCUGCCCGAAUGACUCGCUGCGUAACGCGAGUGGGAAGGAGAGCGAUGGAGAGGCCGUGGCGUGGGCUGUGACCUGCCUUCCCCUGACCCACGACGUGAAGCUGAGCUCGGCACGGGGAUGCCGGGCUGCGAGGAGCCUCUCAAACCAUCCCCACGGGCGUGUGGAUGUCUGCGGGUGGUUGUGGUGCCUGGCUGGGUUGGCUGGGCGUUAACCAGCUGCUGCCCGGGUCUCUCUUACCACGCUGUGGCUCAGCUUAGAUGGCUGAGGAGCAUUUCGGAGUCCGGCCUUGAGUGUUUCAGGCCAAGUUGAGGGAUUUCACCGGGUCCAGACACCUUGAAGCUCACGGUAAAAAAGACAAAGGAUGAGAGGCGCUGUUGCUGUACGCCUCAAUUGCACAGGAUCCAGACAAAUGAGCGGGGAGUUGGGCACGGAGGAGAGGCAGAUUCUGCUUGAUCACCCUGUACAGAGAGGAACCCUCGAGAUCAACACUUAGAGAAAGAGGAAAAGAAGAGGAGGAGUUGAUGUGAUGCAGGACAGCUGCGAGCCAAGAAGCAGUGCACAAGUGCUGGUGACAAAGAAACGUGGCAGUAGAAACCGUCUAUUCAAGGCUGGCCAGAUAAAGCAAGGACGCCGCUAGCACACGCUCCCCGACCUCGCAGAUCACCAGGAAGGAGCCUGCAUGGCAGAGGAAUGGCAGAGCAUCAGCCGUGCAGCAGCAAUGAGAGAGACUGACGUUCCUAUGAGUCUCUCCUGGCUCGGCCUCCACGAUGGCUGGUGCCUCUGCAUAUUCAUCAGAUGGUAAUGCAGGAUGUCGAGAGCAGCGGUGGAGUUUGGCUUGAGCCCGUUGUGUUCUUCCCCUGCUGGCUGAGACUUCUGAAUUGCCAUGACAACGCUGUGACACUUCCAGCAACUCGCCCGCAGACCGAGGGUGGGCUGGGGUGGGUGAGAAGGUCGGCGAGCAAGGCUAACGGGAUCGAAAGCUGCAGCGGCAGCAAAACGACUGCAGGAGAGCCGUCGUCGCGACACGAUGAAAUUCCCAUUCUAUUGGCUCCUCGUUAAGCAGGCACAGUAACCCUUCUUUGCAGAGACUUGCUGUAAAACCCAUUUUGGUUAUGGCUACUGAUCCAACGUGACUGGGCACGCGGUGACUUUUGAACUCAUGACUGGAUAUACGAUGUUGCGGAAUGGGGGAGUGGGGAACGGAGGCCAGCCAUGGUUGUUGAGGUGGUCCAGUCGGAUCCGGCUCACCUGGCUUAGUUUCACCCUCUUUAUUAUCCUUGUCUUCUUUCCCCUCAUCGCACACUACUACCUAACCACCAUCGACGACGCGGACGAUGCCGGCAAGCGCAUCUUCGGCCCUCGGACCGGCAACGAGCUGUGCGAGGUGAAGCACGUGCAAGACCUGUGCCGCAUCCGCGAGUCGGUCAGCGAGGAGCUGCUCCAGCUGGAAGCCAAGCGGCAGGAGCUCAACAGCGAGAUCGCCAAGCUCAACUUGAAGAUCGAGGCCUGCAAAAAGAGCAUUGAAAACGCCAAGCAGGACCUGCUGCAGCUGAAGAAUGUCAUCAGCCAGACGGAGCAUUCCUACAAAGAACUGAUGGCUCAGAACCAGCCAAAGCUUUCCUUGCCAAUCCGGCUGCUGCCAGACAAAGAUGAUGUGACCUUCCCCCUGCCAAAAUCCAACCGGAACUGCAGGCUGCACAAUUGCUUUGACUACUCACGAUGCCCGCUGACAUCUGGCUUUCCAGUCUACGUCUACAACAGUGACGAUUACCCUUUUGGUAGCUCCUUAGACCCUUUAAUUAAACAAGCCUUUGAGGCGACUGUCAGAACUAAUGUUUAUGUUACUGAAAAUGCAAAUAUUGCUUGUGUGUAUAUAAUUUUAGUGGGGGAAAUGCAAGAGCCCGUAAUGCCAAAACCUACUGAACUAGAGCAACAGUUGCACUCUCUGCCAUAUUGGAGGACUGACGGACACAACCAUCUCAUCAUCAAUUUAUCGAGGAAAUCAGAGACUCAGAACUUUAUUUACAACAUCAGCACGGGGCGUGCCAUGAUUGCCCAGUCCACCUUUUACGACGUGCAGUAUCGACCAGGGUUUGAUAUUGUGGUAUCACCCCUGGUCCACGCUAUGUCUGAACCCAACUUCCUAGAAAUCCCGCCCCAGGUGCCAGUCAAGCGUAAAUACCUGUUUAGUUUCCAGGGGGAGAAAAUUGAGUCUCUCCGAUCCAGCUUGCAAGAGGUUCGCUCUUUCGAAGAGGAGAUAGAAGGCAAUGCCCCAGCUGACUACGACGAUCGCAUCAUUACCACCCUGAAGGCCGUUCAGGACAGCAAGUUGGACUUUGUUUUGGUGGAGUUCACGUGCAAGAACCAGCCUAAGGCGAGUCUGCCCACUGAGUGGGCUCUGUGUGGAGAAAGGGACGACAGACUAGAGCUACUGAAGCUAUCUACUUUUGCACUGAUAAUCACCCCGGGGGACACCCGCUUAGUGAUCUCCGCUGGGUGUGCCAUGAGACUGUUCGAGGCUCUGGAAGUCGGAGCCAUCCCGGUGGUUCUCGGAGAGCAAGUUCAGCUACCCUAUAACGAUGUGAUCCGGUGGAACGAGGCAGCCUUAAUCAUACCAAAGCCACGUAUCACAGAAGUGCACUUUCUUCUGAGAAGCAUUUCUGACAAUGAUCUGCUCGCCAUGAGGAGGCAGGGCCGCUUCUUGUGGGAGACCUACUUCUCCACCUCCGACAACGUUUUCAGCACAGUCUUAGCUAUCAUAAGGACUCGAAUCCAAAUCCCGGCUGCUCCUAUCCGAGAAGAAACUGCGGUGGAGAUCCCCCACCGGUCGGGCAAAGCUGCUGGCACAGACCCCAACAUGGCAGACAAUGGCGACCUGGACUUGGGGCCUGUGGAAACCGAACCACCCUAUGCAUCUCCCAAGUAUCUCCGCAAUUUCACCCUCACCGCAAUGGACGUCUACAGGAAUUGGAAUUCUGCUCCAGGGCCUUUCCACCUCUUCCCCUAUACUCCCUUCGACCCUGUUUUACCAUCGGAAGCAAAGUUUUUAGGGUCCGGGACUGGAUUUCGACCCAUAGGUGGAGGAGCAGGUGGCUCUGGGAAGGAGUUCCAGGCUGCUUUGGGUGGCAACGUCCCCCGGGAGCAGUUCACAGUCGUGAUGCUAACGUACGAGCGGGAGGAAGUGUUGAUGAACUCCCUAGAAAGGCUCAAUGGUCUCCCGUACUUAAAUAAAGUGGUGGUAGUGUGGAACUCUCCCAAGCUUCCCUCCGAGGAUCUCUUGUGGCCAGACAUCGGUGUCCCGAUCAUGGUCGUGCGCACGGAGAAGAACAGCCUGAACAACCGCUUCCUGCCGUGGGAUGAGAUCGAGACGGAGGCCAUCCUGUCCAUCGAUGACGACGCUCACCUUCGCCACGACGAGAUCAUGUUCGGGUUCCGGGUCUGGAGAGAGGCGAGGGACCGCAUCGUUGGCUUCCCGGGGCGCUACCACGCGUGGGACAUCCCCCAUCAGUCCUGGCUCUACAACUCCAACUACUCGUGUGAGCUCUCCAUGGUGCUCACUGGUGCUGCCUUCUUCCAUAAGUACUACGCCUACCUGUACUCCUACGUGAUGCCGCAAGCCAUCCGCGACAUGGUGGACGAGUACAUCAACUGCGAGGACAUCGCCAUGAACUUCCUCGUCUCUCACCUCACGAGAAAGCCUCCCAUAAAGGUGACCUCCCGCUGGACUUUCCGCUGCCCCGGCUGCCCCCAGGCGCUCUCACACGACGACUCCCACUUCCACGAGCGGCACAAGUGCAUCAACUUCUUCGUGAAGGUGUACGGGUACAUGCCGCUGCUCUACACCCAGUUCCGCGUGGACUCGGUCCUCUUCAAGACCCGCCUGCCCCACGACAAGACAAAAUGCUUCAAAUUCAUCUAAAAGCAGCAGGCAGCAGGCGGCCGGGCGCCCCUCGGCUCGCCGAACUUCGUCCCGAGGCGGGUGAGGGCGGAGGGUGGCUUCUCAGCGGGGCUCCAAGGGCAAAAAGCCUUCUGCUGUUGACUCCGGCCUCCCUCCCGCAGAGGAAAAGGGACGUUUUGGGUUGGGACAGGCACAUUUCCCCCCCGUCCUGCUCUCCCCACGGCGACAAGACCAGGCGGCGGGGCGCAGGAUCUCGCAGCUCCCGCGAGGACGCUCCCUAGGAUCGUACACUGAGGAAUGGCGCGUUGGCUAGUGGAUCCGCCCCCGCGCUAGCCAAGGGCGACCAUUCUUUUUAAUUAUAAUUAUUGUUAUUUAAAAUGAAAGUGUUUUAGAUUUGCCGCGUGAGGCUUUUUUUUUUUUUUUUUUUUCCUUUCUUCUCCCCCUUCCCACCCCCUCUGGACCUGUCUGCGCUCUCGGGGGGCGCCGUGGCAAGGCCUGGUCGGAGGUGUUUGACUGCGGAGGUUUCUCCCCACGUCGAGGCAGCUCCGGUGAUGCUGUCCCCGUACCUUUCUCCCUCUCUCCUCCCCUCCUGCACGCCACGUCCCGGCUCGUCUCGCCCUGUGGCCACUACUGAGGACUUCCAGGUGUCACCCACUGAUGAGCACCCUGCUCGCCGUGCUGAGCCUCCCGCAGCUCCACGAGGGGCGAGCAAGGACGAGGUUGGUCCUGGAGGGUCCUGACCCGGCUCCCCGCACCACACCGGCUCCCGCGCCGCAACCACGGGGGCGUUCAGCUGCUGUGCUCUCAUUCUCGGUGUCCUUUUCCACCGCAGGUACUGCCACACCUCAAAGACGGGGCUUGAGGUUGGGAACGCUCCCAGGCUCGUGUGUUGGAGCAGGCUGUGGUUUUCUGCGUCAGCUCCAGCACCAAUGGCAGCUGCGGAGAGGCUUCGAGCCUGCUCUGGCCUUUCGGGGGUAGCAGCCGGGUAUCGGGGGCCCUUUUGGGGCCCUCUCUUGGGAUCGGCCAUCCUCACGGGCAGCACCGAAGCGAAGCGCCGGCCCAGCCUGGGUUUGCUGGAGCUCGGGGCAGGCUGGAGUCCCUGCUCUGCCUCGAUCCCCAUCCCGCAGCAGUGCCCCCGGCGGGUCUGCCCAUGGGCCUCAGCAUAACUGCCUUAAAACGUCAUCCUCGUUGGGCUGUGUUCGAAGGGUAACCCCACAAAGGCUUCGUUAACCCCACAAAGGCUUUGUUAACCCCACAAAAGCUUUGUUAACCCCAUGAAGGCUUUUUUUUUUCCCUUUGAGUGAAGCAAGAAACAUCACUGGGACCGCGUUCAUGGGUCCGUGCUCGGAGCUGGUUUCUCCCCCAGGCCUUUACAGCCUGGUCCCCGAGCUCUGUGCUCGGCCCCGCUUCCGCCCCAUGGUCAAGGGCAGCCUGAGGAAGCUCUUGCUGGGCACAUGGGGAGGUGAAACCUCUGUGUCCCCGGUUCUCCUGGCCCCCUGUCCAUGCAGCAGGGGGAUGUUAUCACCCAUUUGUGUCUCUGUAUCCCAAAGCAGGACCAGGGCGGCUCUGUUGGCAGCUCCUGCACUCAUUCCUCGGGUCAGCACCCCCCUCGUGUAGCCUUCACCAUGUUUUGGGGUGCUGUGACCUCUCCAGCCCCGUUUCAGCCAGUUUGUUGUGCCCACCCUGCCAGAGGGGUACGGCACUGACCUUUGGGAAGGAUGGAGGGGCUCCUGCCUUCACCAGCAGACCGCAGUGACAAGGACCAAGGUGUCUCCUCUCUUUGUGUCCGUAGUGUUUUCCUUCCCACUCCCUUCUUGUUUUAACAUCAGGCGCUUCAAACAGACCACGUGAAGCUUCACAGUGUCUGUAUGAACACAGCUGGGGGCUCAGCGAGGCCCCAAAACACCUGGGGGGGGGUCACGUCUUCUGCCCCUGCUCGGAGGGGAGAGCUGCACCAGCCCCAGCAGCCCUCGCCGUGGUCCCUGAGGAGCACGAAGCUCCUCUGCUGCCGGCAGUCGCUCCCCCCCUCGUUAACCGGCGGAUCGUUAGCAGCGCUUCGCUCACUUGUGCGCAGCACAGGUUGCUGGUGCCAGCCACGGGUGGAGGCAGCUGUGGAUUGCACUUUAUAUAAAUAGAGAGAGACGCUUCCCUGCGCCUCAUUUCCAGGAACCUUAGGGGAAAUGUUACUGUCCUGGUGCGGUGGCGCUGGGAAUUGCGGCCGUGGUGGCUUCGUGUUGCUGUCUGGGGCUCGGCACACUCAGCUCUUGCCCAUCUCACCCAGCUCUUGGGUGUUGUUUAUUAUUUUUUUUUUUUCGGAAGAUCCCUGGUAAAUGUGGAGCAUCGCGGUUGUGCGGAGAGGCUGCGUGCUGGGCUGGCCGUGAGAGGGUUUCCUCCUUGCUGAGCCCUCCCCGCCCCGAAGGGAAGGGUUUGGGGCCGAGGGGUAGAUGGGCACUGCAUGGGGACAGGUGGGUGGGAGAGAUGAGGAUAAGGAAAAUAAUGCCACAUCCCCUUCCCCACGCGCAGGGCUGGGGCUGCCCCAUUCUGCUGCAGCUUUGGAGCUUUCCCAAAUCUGCCUAAAUAGACACGGGAACCCUUCUGGAGUAAAGGUCCUUGAUUCACACCACGACUUUCUGCUCCUGAGCCAUCCCACAGGGUUCCUUCCAUUGGCAGGGAGCACAGAGGCAUUUCGGGAGCCCAGCCCUGCCACCGUCCCCAUCGCCCUUCGCUCCCCUGGUUUUUGGGGACCCCGGGUAACUCCGAAGCUCAGGGUAGGGCGUGCGGUUCGUCACCCCUCAGUGGCAGGAAGGUCCCUCGGUGGCGGCACCUUUCCCGAGGCCUUUCCCCUUUUUCAACGUUUUUGCUGCUUCAUCCUGGACUGGGAGUCAGGUGCGGGGUGCGGAGCGGGGUCCUUCCCACGUUCACUGUAAAUAACAUCACCCGCGGUGCCGCCGAGCCCCCGCCCCGCUCCCGUCUUGCCGCCCAGCCCUGCCCUCCCCUGCGCCCUGCUCCGUGAGCACCAGGUUUAAAGACAAAAAAAAAAAAAAAAAAAAAAAAAAAACAGACCAGAAACACUCCUUCAACACGAGCACAAUAUUCAUAUGUUGAGGUUUUUGUAAAAGGAUCCAAUAAAUGGAGAGUUUAACUUGA